GAGGGGAGGGGGCGGGGGUGUAUGGACCUCACUGACUACGGGACCCACAGGCUCCCCGAUUGUGCUCCGCUCUCAUCAUUUUUGGAGGUGAGGACAAAAGAAAAGAGGGGGGAUCGGAAGAAAGGCCCGGGAUCUGAGUGUCGUGACGGCCCCCCGACUUCGCCGCCGCUGGUCGGGGUUGUCUGGACUCAAACUGGGUGAGGGAGAAGGCGGCGGAGCAGUCGACUCGAGACUGGGGUUUCCUGCCACAGCAGCGGGAUUGUCACAAAACAGCCUUUCACUCUCCGAGGGGCCUUGUAUUGCUGCGUUUUCAGAGUUUCAAGUCAUCUGGUCAGGAAAUCCUGGAAAACGAACAUAUCCACAUGGAAAUACUGAGAAGAAACAGAAAAUUGGAGCUUGAACUGACUGAACUUGAAGUGGAAUAAAUGGAUUACCCUCCUUUAAGAAAAUUGUUGCCAUGGAACUAGGUAGAAUUAAAUUAUGGUUUACAGAAAAAAACUAAGAUAAGAUGGCUGUGUGCUGAAGAUUCGAUACAGGAGAGCACCAAGAAGAAUCUGAAUGCCGACUUGAGGAAAGAACAAUUAUUUAAACAGGGACCAAAGACCUCUGCAGUCCAAAUGAAUGCAUGCAGCAGCAGCUAAAAGAAAACAGCAUUUGAAAAGGAAUGAACAAGAAAGAGGACGUCUCUAAAAGCAUUACACUCAGCAUCCACAAGUAAAUGAGAAUAUCAAUGGAGUGUUUGCCUCCGGAAGUGUUAAGUAAGGGGCUGGGUUCAGAACUCUUGAUUCUGUUAAUGCAGUUUUUGUCUCUCAGUGGUGUGAGUCAGGUCAAACAUUUUGAGGAAUUGAAGGACUACUGUUACGGAACACAGUCUCAAUGGUUUUGAGAUUUUUUUGUUGUUGUUCAAAAUGCUAUUGGAUUAUGAGUCUUUUUAAUCCAAACAUAGAUGUGCUUGCUUGAGCUGCUAUUUCAGCAGAGCAUAUACGUGUAAAGACAUUCACUGUUGAACAUCUCGUAUGGUGGUGUGCCUGCUCAGUGCCAAACCGAUUUAGCUUUGUGGGAUGACUUCACACUUCUAAUUUUCUACAUAUCUGCAGUAGGAACUUGCUUCACUACUUAUUCUUUCACUAGUUUUGUUUUUUGAGACCCAGCUAUAAGAAAACAAUUUUAACAACCAUCACACUGAGUUAUGCCAUUUGGCUUUUUUAUAUAUUGCGAAAAAUCAUUAUCUGAUUUAAGUUUUUCACAACUUUCUGCUACAAAAGCAUGAUUACAACAUAUGUGAUAUCUGCUGCAGCUCUUUGGAGGAUCUCAAAAGCAUUUUCUUGUUUUACUGCCAGGUCAUAGAGUCUCUUUGUCAUUUAUGGUUACUACCAUAAGCCUUCCAGCUCCUGAUCAGAAACAUUCCCCGAUUUAGACAGUUUUUUUGACAGAGAUUUCACUUUUUAAUCCAGACUUCGGGGGGAAAAAAAAUGCAGAAUUUUCCUAACAGUCCAGCUCCCACAUCUCUACCCCAUGGGUUCAGUGGGAGGGGCGGAGGGGGGGCUCCAUAUCCCCCUCAGCCAGCAGACCCCCAGAUCUCCCCACGGAUAACAGAUGAUUAUGCAGGGAUGCAACAACAGAGUCUGCACAGAGGCCACCACCACCCCAGUCAAGCCAGCCACAUGCUUUCUUACACUGCUAGAAACAGAGGACCCAUAGAGGCACCACCGACACAGGGUAACAUUCACAGUGGUAAUAGCAACAACCCUUACAGAAAGGACGCUGUGGAUUAUUAUUUUUCAAUGGGUGGAAAGGACAGGCACAGAAGGGGAGGUAUGGGUUACGGGGCUGGCUUUGGGUACCCCAAUAUUGAUGGACAUAUACCUCACCACUACCGGCAUGCUGGAUCUGGCUCUGCUCCAUCGUCUGCCCUGAUGUCUCCGUAUCCAGUAGAGUAUGGCUCUAGUAGUGUUUCAGGUGGAGCUGCUGGUGCUGGAGCCUUUUCGCCUUCUCAUCAGUACAACAUGAGUCAGAACCCUGCAAUGCAGUCAGUGCCAGGUUCUCAAAUGCAGCACCGUCAGCAUGGGCAAAACUUCCCAACUGUCCACCAUGGUCAGCAGCAUAGGACCUAUCCCCACUCUGGGCACAGAAUGACCCUACCUUAUCCACACUACUCCCCACAGAGUGGAGCAUCCUCGGGGUCAUCAGGAAUGUACAGCCCCCCACCACAGAGAUAUCUUGAUGGGGCUGCUAGCACUGGAUUUGAUUCCAAAGUCAACAGUUCUCCCAGUCUCAACUCCAGUUCAAACUCUGUCUCCAGUUCACUUGCUGCUAACAAUGUGGGGCCAAUGGAGAAUGUACAACAGAGUUACCAUGCUUCAAAUUAUCCUGGAUAUUCCCCACAGACACAUUCUCUUCAUAAGCAGGCCACACUACAGCACCGCAACGCACAGCACAAUUUAGGGGUAGGAUAUGACAAUUCUCUCAAAAUGCAGCACCAGGGCCCUUCUCCAGGGUCUCUGUACACUAAACAUCAUCAAGCCUCCAAUCAAAGUAUACCUCAAGCAGCCUCUCAAGAAAUAGCCAAAUCCCCAAUGCACCCCAAUGCUCAACAAACCCAAAUCAACCAAAACUUUAGCCCAAUAUCAAACCCCUCUCCAGCUGCCUCAGCAGUGCAUUCUCCCAGCUGUAGCUCCUCUCCGUCCCCUUUGAUGAGUGUUUCAGAGGCACAUGGAAACCCCUCAGGUCAUGGUCCUUCACAUCCUCCGACAUCAAACCCCCGUAGCAGCCAUGGUCAUGGCAGAUUACUGCAGACGAUGCCUCAGUUGAGUCCCACACCCAACUCAAAUAGCAGCAUCAGUAGUUGUGGAAGCAGUGGCAGUCAUAAAGCUCACAGCAUGAAUUCAGUAGGAGGGAGCAGUCUCCCUCCAACAGGCCGCAACAAAAUGGGUCUAGGUGCAGGAAUGGGAACCCGAGAAGAAGUUUAUUCAUCUUCUCCUCUUGAUAAAAUCCAGGAUGCAGGCCUGAAUAGUCUCAAUGCCUUGAGCUCACAAGUAGCCAAUUUACCAAACACAAUUCAGCAUAUGCUCCUCACGGACACAGUGCUUUCACAGAAGAAAAAAGAUGGCGCACUGAUGCAACAGGCAAUACAUGGCAUGUCCCUUUCACAGCCAAGAAGUCGAAAUGCAAGUGCAGCCUCAAGUACUAGCACAGUCAAAGAUGGAAGUGCAGUGGGCAGUGCUGAUGGUGCCAGCUUGGAUGCUGGUGCUGAUGAGGACUCCACAUUGGUGUCAGUUGGAGGCUCAUUAGGUACCAAGAUGGAGCGUGAAGAACAAUUUUCUGAGGGUGAACACGGCAGAGUGAGGCAGAUAAGUGGUGCAAGCAGUGGAUCUGAAGCAGCUGGUUAUCAUCACAGUCAAAACCACCCUCACACUGAAAACGCAUCCAAUGUUAAAACAGCCAACUCAGAUGCACUAUCAAAAGAAACAAGUGUUUCCGAAGCAAAAACUAAUGAAGCUCAUGAGCCUUGUUCUUUAUCAUCUCCAUCCUUUGGAGGUCAGUCAUCAGAGACUGGUCCGAUUUCACAUUCAACUCCAGCCGUUUCAUCCCCUUUAUCCACCUCCUCCAGUGUUCCUCCUCUCCAGCCAAACUGUGUCCCAGAGCCUGGGUUAAAGUAUAAUGACAACAGAGGUGGCCACAGGAUGGCAACAGAGGUUAAAAAUGAAGUAAUCAAAAAUGAAAGUGAGUGCCCUGUUGAAAAAGCAGAGAAAGGCAGAAGCCAGAUGCGGCAACAUACAGAAGUCAAUACUCAAAAUUGUCAGGAGAAAGAAAAUAAGUUGGUCACUUCAUCUAGAUUACACAAUAAUGAGAGGGAGGACAAGCAGACAUCUGAAGAACAGCAAAGUGCGAGUGGUGUUGGUGUCAUUGUUUCAGCUCGAUCUGAGGGGAGUCAUGCUGAAAAAAGUAAGCACCCUCAAGACAACAUUAAUGAAGAGAAACAGUCACACUCUUAUUUAAGAGAGUCAAACAGUCAUAAUGGAGAGGAAGGAAUAGAUUUGAGUCUUUAUUCCUCCGACCACCAGAAAUCGAACUUUGGACGGUCUCAAAAUCCUCCUCAGUCUGGACCUCAUAAAUAUGGCUACCCAGAAUCAACAUAUGGCUCAGAUUUGUCAAUGAAGAAGAGAGGGAGGACUGGUGGUGCGACUGUAAUGGAAUCAAAUUCCAGAUACUUGGGGUAUCAACAGUCACAAACCGCUUAUGGCCCUGUGCAUUCAAAAGAUAGUGGUUCUGUAGCAGAGGCUUUGGUAAAGAGAGGGCAAGGGGCAGGGGGUAAAGUUCAUGAGGACAGUUCACAAAUGCAACAGUUUCCCAGUCUGUUACAAGAGGUUCUUCAAGGUUAUAAUUUAGAUAGACGUUAUAGCAGACCAGAGCAGGCCUUUCCUGCUCAUCUCCAAGUUCAGCAACAGUUUCAAACCAGACACCCAUAUGGUAUGCCUGAAAAUAUGAGGAUGCAAAGUGGAUUAACUGAAGCUUCCGGUCAUUCUGCCCAAAUGGGCAGCUCUGCAAAGCCCUCGCAUCCAAACCUGAGACAUGGAAGUGAGCCUGAGUUCAUCACCACAGAACCUCAGGUUUUAGUUAAGUCGGAAGUGUCAAAUGCUGACAAACCUGAUGUGGGUGUGUCCCAGAGUCAUUUGCCACAGGCUACAGAGUCUCAGCAACCCCCAACCAAACAUAUAAACUUAGCUGACUAUUCUCUGCCACAGAGAAAAGUGUUAUCUAAUGCGUCUACUCCGUCGUCUGCUGUUCAGCAGCUUCUUUUGCAAGAGCCAGAGCCACUCAUGGGUAGCACUGGUCAAACGGAGUCUCAAAAAUCAUCAGCCUCUAUAUUAGCCUCAUCAGAGCGACGCUCUGUUAUCUGUGAUGUAUCGCCAAACCGACGCAGCACACCGGAAAGGGACCGAGAAUGCGACAGAGAGAGAGAGCGGGAGAAAAGUCAGAGUGGCGCCUCUGUGAUUCAACAGCCAUUUUCCUCUCCAACAGCAGCCAGUGAUCUGAGUAAAAAAGAUACAGGAGAGAAACAAGUGAAAAUGGAAAUGAUAUCAAAAGAGAUUGACCAAGACACUGUAAAUUUACAAACUGAUCAUCAUGGCAGUGGUGGAGCUAAUGACGUUGAUAUGGAGUAUCAUCCCAGGUCUGUUCAUCCAUCUGUUGUAAUGAACGCUGACCCCUAUAGGCGAGGAAAUGUAGACAUGCCCCCCUUGCCUUCUCAUCCUAUGAGCUCUAAUCCUUUAUCUUCACCUUCAAGGCACCAGUCCUAUCUUCACACUGUUGAUUUAUCAACUGGCAGUGGCAGCAGUUUUCCUGGAUAUCGAUAUGGAGAUACAAGAGAUGGUAAUAUAAUUCCACGCAGUAGCCCGCAUUUCCCCCCUCACCAUCCAUACCACAACGUAUCUCACCAGGCUCAAGCCACAAAUAAGCUUCAAAUGUAUCCUCACCCUCGUGGUCUCCCUCAUCACUCACAUGAGAUGAGUGACUGGGUAAAAGCAAUGAACAGGCCAUCCAAGGAUAUGAUGAUGCAGCCCGUCUCUCCAGGAAGACACAAGGCCAGCCAAUCAGAGCAGAGACAGAGGAUGAUCUCCCAAACUGAAAUUCCCGGUGAACAGCACUCAACCAAAACAUCACUGCAUCAUCAAAGCCCUUACUUUGAUAUGAAAAUGUGGGAGUCAACUCACCCAGGAAGAGAAGCUCCGAGAAUAAUAGAAAGAGACUCCUACUUCAGAACACAGCCCCCACCACCUCCCCCUCCUCCUGCUCCAGUAGCUUCACAAGGCCCUGCUCCUUCACAAGGCCCUGCUCCUUCACAAAUGAUUCACGGCCAAAAUGCUGCUGAACCUGAGGGUGCCCGAGGAUCCACAGAGGAAACCAAACAUCUCUGUCCUCCUCCCCCAAUCAGUUCCGUCAAGCCUCCUGCUGACAUGAACUCUACUGUGCCACAGGUGCGUCAGACAAAAGCAGGAGGUUCUGGAGACACAAAUCCACUAAUACUCAGAAGGAGAGUUCGUUCUUUUAUCUCUCCUAUUCCUGCCAAAAGGCAGCUGCAGGAUGCAUCUCAGCAAAGGGCUACCACAAACUCGCAUCACUCGCCUGGGGCUCAGACUGAGGUCAGCCAUCACAGUGAAGAGGACUCUACCAGUUCAGAUAUUCCCUGUCCCAGGCUGUCUUCCCCCAUGCAUGGAGACAAUACAUAUUCACAAGCUUUAUCUCCAUCAAGCAGUAAUUCCAAGGUUUUGCCUCCCAGGAAAGGACGAGGCUUGAAACUAGAGGCAAUAGUGCAGAAAAUCACCCCAAAUAAUAAAAAGCCACCAGGUCAUGCUGAUGAUGAUUCAAAUCAUUAUUCUGGUUUCUCUCACCUAGAAAUACCACCUUUUAAUGAUUCACAGGACCAAGACAUUGCACAUUACCCCCGAGUUGCAGGAGGGAAUGAUGGUUACAUGGAUGAAAGUCAUUCAUUGAGCAACAUGAUUCCCUUCAGAGGAGUUGAUGAGACUGGACCUUUACCUCCGUCUGCUUACCCAUGUGAUCCCCAUCAGACAUCCCAAACCCUCAAACAAGACUUUGACUUUGGAUUAGGUGCCGCUGUGGCAUCAGCAUCUGAUGACAAGGAGGACUUUGCUUUGCUUGGACCUUUACCCCCUCCUCCUCCUGUUCCUCGACCAGUCCAGGGUUCCCCUCCUCCAUCCUCUUCAGCCUUGUCAGAUAUUCAGCAUUUCACAAACACUUAUCAGCAGCUUGAGACAAGAAGGGGAGAGCAGUCUGCUGCUAACCUUCUCCGACAGAAACUUCAAGAAUCUGGCAUGGGAUUUGAUGACUAUCCUGGAAGUGACUACUAUGGAACCACCCCACCCCACCACAGCCAGGCUCAAGGACACAUGCUGAACAGACAUCAGAUGUCCUCUGGGAGGUCCAGUCUGUCUCCACAAGAUUCAAAAUCCUCUGACAGUCUUGUGCCUAAAGGCUAUUUCCCAUCUGGUAAGAAAAAGGGCAGGCCUGUAGGGAGCGUGAAUAAACAAAAACGAGCCCAGAACCAAGCCCAGGCACUGUCUCCAGCCCAGAAUCAAGCCCAGACACAGAACACAACUUCUAUGAGUCUUAGUCCAGCCCCACUCACUCCAGCCACUGCUCCAACUCCACAGAUGGUGCGUUCUACCAGCAACUCACCAGCACCUUCAUUGGCUCCACUGACAGAUGAUAAAAUCCCUCCCUUGCUGGCUCCACCCAUUUUAACCCAGGUUGUGAAAGUGGACAUUGAGAGUGAGGACACACAGCCAGAGACUGAGGUCAAACCUAUACGACGAAGACGCAGAGGUGUCAAAGAUGAAGAUGAGCCACUAGAAGCAAGAGGGCGUCAGAGAAGGAGAAGAAGAGGGACAACAGCAGUGGCAAUAUCGGUGGCUAAAGAUGACCCAGAUACACCACUGGCGGGAGGUAGCAGUCUUGGCCAAAACAGAGGUUUCUUGGAUCCAAGUAGAAAAGGCUUGUUUGUUCCCCACAUACAUGUGGAAAAAAAAGUACCAGAAAUUGGGGAGGUGUGCACCAUUGUAAAUGCUGAAGAGGAGAAAAUGAAAGGAGAGCGUAGUGCAGUAGGGGGGAAAGCAGGCGCAAGUGGAAUUGAGUCCCUCCUGACCUCAGCUUUUUCCUCUCAGUUAUCAAGGAGAGACAGAGAAUCUGAGCAAAGGAGCACAGAUGAGGUGGAAACUACACUUCAGUCAGGAAAAGCACUUCCUUCAUCCGACUAUGUUGUUUCAGGGCCUGUAAUUACAGAGACCAAUCACUCUGGCCGCCUGCUUUGUUGCCUGUGUCAGAAAUGGGCAAAUUACAAACACCUUGGAGAUCUCUAUGGGCCCUUCUAUCCAGCUGAAUAUGCAGCAAAGCUCCCCAAGAACCAGCCUCAGGUCAGACAGUGUCAAGCACCCACAGGCACAAUUAAAAUGGGACCAAGUUCAGAAACCAACUCAAACACUCUGAGCUCUGUCCAAGAUUCACAACCACAAGAGGUUCAAUUUAACAAGCCUUCAACUGAGAGUGACUAUGCAGUCAGCCUCGAUUCAAACAUAACAUCACUUAGCACUCCAGUUCGAACAGCUUCCCCAGGUGGAAGAGAGGAUAUAAUGAUGCACGUGGCUGGCAAUCUCAGUCAUACCACCUCCUCCUCUUCCUCCUCCUCCUCCUCUUUCUCCUCCAUUGCAACCACCACCACCAGUAAAGCAACAUCUCUUACCUGGGACAUGAAUCUACUAGAUAUACGACCCAUUCCUGAGCUUAAGAGAGAGCCAGACCAUGAGACUGACCAACAGGAGUUGCAAAAGCAGCUGCAGACGCCUACAGAUGAAGCUCAACAACGACCUCAACACAGAAAGCUGACCUCGCAUCCCCGCUUCAAGAGAAGGCACAAAUCCAGUGACGAUUCUCCCAGGAUGGUGCCAUCCAACAGCAAAGCGUCUCUGCCCUUCCAGCCCCCUCCUCCGGCCCUGGACUCUCUGGGACCCUUGGCACAACUCGCUCAGCUUCCGCAGAUGCCCCUGGACCCAGAGGAGCUGUGGGUCCACGAAGGAUGUAUCGUGUGGACCAGUGGAGUGUACCUUGUCAAUGGGAGGCUGUAUGGCCUACAGGAGGCACUAGAUGGCGCCAGGGAAACAAGCUGCUCGUACUGUGAGAUGGUCGGCUCGACACUGGGCUGUUACAGUAAAGGCUGCACACUUCGAUAUCACUACUUGUGUGCUAUUGAAGCAGAUUGCUCUCUGAAUGAAGAUAACUUCUCACUGCGGUGUCCGAAGCACAAGGUAAAGAAGGAGAGUCUACCCAGAGCAUCCGGACCGCCAAGUCAGUGUACCUGGAGCAGUCAGAGAGAGGCUGAGAGAAAUGAAGAGGAGGAACAGAUGCAGGAGUCUGGGAGCUGCUAUUUUGGACAGUGGAAUACUGAGAAUCCUGAUGCAGCUCCACACAUGUAAGGACAGGACUGGCAUCUGUGAUGGACAACAACAAAAGGGAAUGUACAAUUUCUCCACACAAAUCAGCAUUAUUUACAUUUAAGACAAUGGCCGAAAAUGAACUUUUUCUUUUUCUUUUUUUGGAGAAAAUAAUUGCUCUGAAAAACAAACAAAAAAAGAAGAAAAACAUGAACAUGCAACACAGGAAGAGCUACAAGAAAAUAAAAAAACAACUACAAAGGUCAAAGUGGAAUAAAAUGAGAUGUCACGACUGAUGGAGGAACUAAAGGAACGUUAAAACAACAAAGGAAGCAAACUCUCUAGGCUUACUUUGAUUUUCCUGAGACACCAUCAAAGUGUUAAACACUUGUUUAUCAUCGUCUGUAUUAUUGUUUACCUUUUUUUCUUUGUUUUUUUUAAGAAAAAGUGUUUUUUCCACAUUUUUUUCUUUUGUUUGCUUUGAAGAUGCAUAUUGGGAGCAAGCUGGGCGUCGUGCCCAGAAAAAGACGAGGCGAGAAUGUUGUAUCCUCUCUCGCGUGUAGUAUUUUAUCUUAUGAUAUAAGGAUGGUCACAAUUAUUCUUUUAAUCCUCAUUAUUAUUUUGUAUCCUCCUUUUGUAUUUACUCAGCAAAAUGAAACGGAUGUAUUUUACUUUAGUUAAUCAGCACAUGAAUCGGAUUAUUUCUUUUUUUUAUUUUCUUCCCAUUUCUGGAGAGGAAGGAGCCAGAGUGGUGUUGUUUGGAUUGUCAGGGUGGAGUUUGCCACAAAGACAUUAUUGCCUUGGAGAACGGACAUCUGUUGCCUUUCAAAAGUCACGUGUAUGUGUGAGAAGUGCGUCUGUGUGUGCUCGUGUGCAAGCGAGAGAAAAUGAAAAAUGCCAAUAUCUGAGUCUUUGAUUCCAUUUUGGUCCUUUUUGAAAAGUGUUCUUAUUUUUCAUCACUUGGGAUUUUUACGGUACAGAUAGUAUUCAUGAAAAAUCAGAUGGACAGUCUUAUUUUUCAAGUACAAAAUGUUUGUAAUGUACAAAGAGAAGGACAGCCUUGUAAGAAGAGGAGAUAACACUAUGGACGAAUGCGCGUCUGCCGUCUUUAUCUGUGCCGAACAGAGAAAGAAGACGGACGGGACGCUGGAGAGUUUCCGGUGUAGUGGAGCCGUGUACUGGGUGCACGAGUGUGAAUGUUCUGCGUAGGAAGUUGCAUUUGACUGUCGGUCCCUCAGACAGUGAUGAAACAUUUUUUUUGAUCUGAAAACCGGAGAGAAAGUGUCGAUACAAGAGUCUGUGAUCGGCCAACUGCACUGGCCAGUGGGCGGAGAUUCUAACCAAGUACUUUUGAAUGGUUCCAUUUGUAAGUGACACAGCAGCGGGUGUGAUCGGGAGAUGCAAAAUCCAUUCAAAAGAAGCAUUGCCAUAAAAUUUAAAAGUGAGUCAUACAUGGUGUUGUCUUUAUCAUUUUUUUAUUGUUAUUCUUGUAAAAAAAGAAAAACUGAGAAGAAAAGUUACACUAUCAAAACCAUGCUGUAUUAGAAACCUGUCAAUAUGUAUAUGAAUUAUGAAUACACAUCAAAAAUGCUUCAA